AGCUGUGCUGUCACAGGAAUGUGGUUAACCAGUUACUCCAGCUCGCCAUGAAAACACAGUGACUUCAGUAGAAAAGCAGCAGCCAAGGGAAUCGUGUAACACCAUAAUAUGGUUAACGGAUGCAAAGUGAUUGUUCUGCUUCUCCUUUGGCUAGGUACAUCUGCUGGAGACAAAUAUGCACUUAGUGCUAAUGCAGCAGAGCACCAGGAGCACACUGCACACAGAUCUGUUGGAUUGGAGGAGGUGGUGUUAGUAAUCCAGAGUCAGAGAAACUCCUAUCACGCACGUCGUGGUGUCCAGAGGAAGAUGGAGAUUCUGCACCAGGCAGCUGAACUUGGACAGGUGUCCCCGUUGCCACAGAACUCCCCUGCCUCUGCUGAGAAGACCCAGUCUCUUUGCUCUCACAAAACAAAUGAUAUUAAAAAUGUCACUGUUCCCCUGCAUGGCCUGUAUUUAUCUUUUUGUCUUUUUUUUUAUUUUAUUUUUUUUUUUUUUAAGAUUGCUUUGUAUAUUUGGGAGGAAGGAAAUGGUCCAGAGCUGACAGCAGUUGCAGAGUUCUGCACAGAGCCAAGAGACAACUGUGCUACCACCUUUACAACCUACCUGCCAGACUGUGGAGAUUCAGUCUCAAAGAACAAUUUAUUUGUCGCUGUGAAAACUUGUCAGAAAUUCCACUCAGAGCGAGUGCCAGUAGUGAAGGCAACAUGGGAGAAAGACGCUGGGUUUUUGGAGUAUUACAGCGAUGUCACUGAUGCCUCCAUUCCCACUAUCAGUCUAGGAGUGCCUAAUACUGAGAGAGGACACUGUGGGAAGACGUUUGCCAUUUUGAGGCGGUUCCUGAGUAAAGCUGUGCCAAAGACCGACUGGCUUCUCAUUGUUGAUGAUGAUACCCUCAUGAGUUUACCCCGGCUGCGACAACUGCUGCGUUGCUACGACCCAAAGGAAGCAGUGAUCCUGGGGGAGAGAUAUGGCUACAGAUUGGUUCAGAAUGGAUACAGCUACAUCACAGGAGGAGGAGGGAUGGUGCUCAGCAGGGUGGCAGUGUCCAGGCUAGUCUCCAGUGGUUGUAGCUGCUACCGUGAUGAUGCUCCUGAUGACAUGGUGCUGGGCAGGUGCUUCACUUCCCUGGGUGUCCCCAUCACACAUAGCCCACUGUUCCAUCAGGCACGACCGGAUGACUACUCCGAGACACUGAUCUCCUUGCAGCAGGCCAUCUCCUUUCACAAGCACUGGAACAUGGACCCCGUGGCUGUCUACAAACAAUGGCUACAGGAUGAACACCCACGGGAUGAACUGUAGAAAGACUGCAUACACAAACGGUACCAUACUGUACAUGUGUAGACACUGAAUACAGAGUUGAACAAGAGCAUAGAGUUAAAGAUGAGGAAAGCUACAGUGAUCGUAAUGUCCAGAGAGACCUAGAAACAUAGUUCUUACAAGAUUUAUUACCCCCAUUCAUCAGUAUUAUUGACAACAGUAAAUCAAAUGUCUUUAUGUAAUGAAUUGCAGAGAAUUAUCACCCAGGUCUGUGGCACUACAAAGGAUUUUAAGACUCAAAGGACCUGCUCGGUAUCAAACGGCAGGCAUCCAAACCUUCUGAGUGGAUGGAAAUGUUUCUUUAUCUCAGCUGAAUGUGUAAGUAGCUUGGUAACAUUCACCAUAAGCCGUGGAUAUAAUGAUGGCUGUGUCUAUCAACCUUUUUAACUUUUUGCUGCCUUGAGUGGCUGAAAUAAUGACUACAGUUUUAACAGAGCCAUAUAUUUUCAACAGUAAGAGUGAAAUUGUAUACUGAGUCCUAUCUGUAAUAAAAGUGUAUUACCUCCAAAUGUCUGAGAAACUGGCGAACCUCCUGUUGACAGCAUCCGUGAUUCAAUGUUAAGCUAAGGUGGUUGCUUUCUGUGAGUUACUGCUGUCACUUUGGGGGAUACUAAGCCUGUUGCAGAUUAGCAUCAGGUGCGCAAAAUGUCGUGGCACUGCAAUAAUAUGGUUGUAGAAACUAAUGUAUUUUGGUACUGCAGUCAUCUGCCAGAGAACUCAGCCUUUUUUUCAUUCAGUAACUGAAGCAGAGUCUGACCUGAAUGCCUGUACCUUCUCCUCUGGGUGAUGUGAUUUAUGAACACCCUCUCCCUCCUCAAACAUGUUCUUCACUGCGAUGAGGUCUCAGAAGAAUAAUAGCUGCCACGCUGACAUCAGGGCCUUAAAUUUUGCACAUACUUUCUCCUGAUCUUAAAUUUCAGCCACAGUUCCCUCUGCAGCAGUGGUGGUAAAUCAGGUACCGACAGUAUCUAAAUACAUUUCUUUUCUCUCCUCCCUUAUUUUGCGCCCCUGAAUGGGAAUGCUUUCAAAUACGUAUUUCACAAAAUCGAGCAUUCUUUUGGGGCUACUUCAGUUCUUUUUCUCUGGCACAAAAAUCCAUUUGGACUCCUUAGUAAAUAUGAAGACACAGUUUAGAGCUGAAAAUGAGCCACUUAGGCAAUACCUCCCCUAUGUAUUAGUAAACUAAGCUGCUUAGACUUGUUUUUGAAACUCUUAAAAAAAAAAUUUGAUUUGAUCUCAAGAGACAAUCAGUUAAAAUAGGUAGGUGUUGCACCAUCAGUUAUUUUAGUCGUUAAUCCAGCUGUGAAAUGGUCUUUCUUUUUCAGCUUAGGGUACUGAUUAAAGUUGUAAAAUGAAAGCUGACUGCCACUGGGUGAUUACAACAUAUCCCCUGUGUUGUACCACUGCUCGGUGACAUUACAACAGACCUUGCCUCAGCCCGUGUGUCUUUGAUUUAUUGAGACUUGUCAGUUCUCUGAGGCCAGAAUCCCAUGCUGUAGUAUCACAUGUCACUGUGACAUUAGUUACUAUAGUAGCAGGGAUACUGACUGCUCUGACAGUUCCUCUUUCAAGGUUUUGUGUAAUGCUAGACAGGUGACAUAUUGUGAUACAGACAUAGCAUGCAUUCUUGCAAAAAAACAAAUUUAAUGCAUCACUGUCACAGCAUUCAUAAGAGGGAGUUAAUCCCUUAACUUAUUCCAGGUAACUAUUUAAUUGGUCUUCUUGUGGUUUGUCGAAUAAGUUUGCUUCUGUGUGAGUAAGACUUAGAGAUGAAAUGCUUCAAGCAAGACAGAACUGAUGUUUAUUUGCUCAACUUUUUAUUUCUCUUAAUGCAUUUAAAUUUCAUAUUGGGAUCUAGCUCCUUGUCGCACGCUGCCAGGCCCAUCACUAUCCUGCUCUUUUUUUAAAUAUAACAUUACAAACUUCACUCUGUUUGUUUCACACAAUCACAAUAAAUUGAAGGUAUAUUCUCAUAAAUUAUAGAAUGUUACAUUACUGUCACUUAUAAUAGGCAGUUAAUAUGAUCAAUUCAUGUGAUUGCUCCAUGUGUCAAGGCUUGCACAAUGAUUAUUUUGAUGUUUCUACUUAGUUUUUUUUUUCAUUAUGGAAUAUAGAUGGUAUUUAUGUCAUUGAAGUGAACAAACAAAUAUGACUAUAUAUAGUACACUUGUAUUUUCAUCUUGUAUGUUAACUGUGGUUGUGACAUUAGGAGUCUUAAUAUGUGGAUGUGGAACUUUGGGCCAUGAGGGCUUUUAUUCCUCAAAUACUAACAAAUACACAUUAUAAAAUACAACAAAUAAAUCAUACAGGUUCACAUCCUAAGCAUCACAUAUUGCAGCAAAUUAUAUCUUCCUUUAAAUAAACAUAACCUAAAAACAAUAUAAUCCAUCAGUUAGUAACCCUUCUCUUUACCUGAAUUCCUAAAACCUCCUUUGUCUGUGAUAAAUGAAUGUGUGGGUGCGUUUCUGGCCAGGUCCACAAUUUUAAAGACCUCUGAGGUGGUCUAGAACCUUAAGAUCAUUGUACUGUCUGUCACUUUUUGGGAGGCGACAGUGGUGCGGUGGGUAGAGCAGUUGUCUCCCAAAUGGAAGGUUGGAGGUUCAAAUCUUGGUGCCUGCAAUCCACAUGUCAAAGUGUCCUUGGGCAAGGCACUAAACCCCCUGUUGCCUCCGAUGGUUGGAGCCAUCAGUU